AUGGAUAAGAAAGAUUACUUGGAAAAAAUGGAAUCUAUAUUAAAUGACCAAUCUACGUACAAAAAAGUGAACAAAGACCCAAUCAGACAGUUAACUAACAAAAUAAAUUUACUUGUUAAAUCUUGGCACAAUAACGGUUUAAUAGAUGUGUCCACGUACAAAUAUUUAAACAUUACUAACGGCAAUUUGCCACGAUGUUACGGAUUGCCCAAGAUUCAUAAAACUGGUUUUCCAUUACGUAUUAUUGUAUCGUCACUGAACAGCCCGUUGUAUAAUGUAUCGAAGUUCAUUCAUGAUAUUUUACAUAAUUCUAAUUUGCAACCUAAAUCUCAUAUCAAGGAUGGCUGGUCUUUUGCUGCUGUUAUGAAGGAGAAGCUUAUUAAUGAUGACGAAAUAAUGAUCUCACUUGACGUUACUGCAUUAUUUACUAAUAUUCCCAAAGAGUUAGUUUUGCGCGCUAUCGAAAAACGUUGGAAUGACAUUGCUCCGAAUACGAAUUUUAACUUGCUUCAGUUUUUACAUGCAGUGGAAAUUGUUCUAAAUUCGACUAGUUUUUCUUUCAAUGGACAGUUUUAUGAGCAGAUCUUUGGCAGUCCUAUGGGAUCUCCUUUAUCACCUAUUUUGGCAGAUAUUGUGAUGGAUGAUUUGGAGACACAUUGUUUGAGUUCGUUAAGUUUUACCGUGCCUGUUUAUUAUAGAUACGUGGAUGAUAUCUUUGCCAUCGUUCCACGUGCAAAAGUUGACGAGAUUGAGUUAGUUUUCAACAGUUAUCACCAACGCUUAAAAUUCACGCAUGAAAUAGAGUCCGACUCAUGUAUUAACUUCUUGGACACCACUGUUAUCCGUUUUAAUGGAAAAAUUUUAACUAAUUGGUAUAGAAAACCUACUUGUUCCAAUAGAUAUAUUAAUUUUUAUUCUAACCAUCCUUUUAAAUAUAAAAUAAACACCAUUUUUAAUCUCGUUGACCAUGCUAUUUUACUAUCUGACGAUCAGUUUCAUGUUAAAAAUAUUGAUGUCGUGAAACGGAUUUUACUCAAUAAUUGUUUUCCGAGACACGUUAUUAACCGUUAUGUUGGUAAGAGACUUGAUUUUUUGAAACACCGUGGUGAUGUUGUUCCGAGUACUGAGGAAAAUAAUGUAGACAAACCCUCUUACAUUGCAUUACCAUUUGUUGAAGGUUUGAGUGACAAUAUCGGUCGGUUGUUUAAAAAUAUGGGUUUUACUGUUGUCUACAAUAUACCUAAAAAAUUAAACUCAUUGAUUAAACGUGGUAAAGAUGGACUGCCUAUUAGCAAUAGAACGGAAGUCGUUUAUAAAAUAAAUUGCAAGGACUGUAGCGCUUCAUAUAUUGGUCAAACGAAAAGACAUUUAAAUACCCGCGUGAAAGAACAUUUUAAUAACAUAAAAAUGCACGCAAGUAAUCUUUCCGUAAUUAGUAAACACAAAUUAGAAUUUGAUCAUGACUUCGAUUGGUCAACGCCUGAUAUUCUGCAUACUGAAAAACAUGUAAGAAAGAGAGAAAUAGCUGAAAUGUUUUUUAUUAAAAAAUAUGACAACACUAUUAACUCUCAAAAGGAUACAGAGAAUUUAAAUAACAUAUACGAUAGAUUAAUAAAGGUCGUUUAGUCUUUCUCAGUAUCUUAAACAGAGAGGUUGACACAGUGUCAUUAUGACAUAGCGACUUUUUCUCUUUCAACUCUAACUAUAACGCAGUUCACUUGAUAAGGACCAAAACCAUAUGGUCGAAACGUUGUGAUCACAAUCAAACAAUAAAUUGCCAGUUGGGUCGGAUAUAUACAAACACUCCUUUAAUUUAUUUACUGGCGACAUCUCAAAAUUAAACAUUAAUUAUAU